UUAAAAUUGUAACAUAAAGGCACAAAACAGAUAGAGAGAACGAUGGAAAAGUAGAAGAAGAAGAAAGGGCAGAGAAACAAAACCCACGGACAGAGAGAUUGAUGGAUUUACAAGGAGAAAUUGAGGGGAAAGAUCUACUAAUAAUUCAGCACCCGGUCCAUGAUCACCCACUGGUUCUCAGAGAAUCACUCCAAAGCCACGGCGGCUGCUAUGGUGGUGGAAGUGUCCAAGUUUACUGCGAUGGAUGCAGGAAACCAAUCUCUUCUUCUUUUUCAUCAUCAUCAUCAUCAGGAGUAGGGGGAGGAGGAGGCACUUUCUAUGCUUGCACCAACUCCGAUUGCUGGUUUUUGCUGCACAAACGCUGUGCAGAAUUGCCCCCCAAAAUCGAGCAUCCCUCUCACCUGGACCACGCCCUCACUCUUUCUCACUUUAUCUUAGAUAAUCAUAGUUGCGAUGUCUGCGAUUCCAGCAUCGACGGAUUCCUAUAUCGUUGUUCCGACUGCGACUUCGAUGUCCACGUACGCUGCGCUUCAAUAGCGCUCCAUAUCCAAGAUAGGGUCGAUGAGAACUACAAGAUUCACCAACACCCGUUGAUUCCCAUUGAGGUGGAAGCCCAGGUCCCCUGUGCUGCUUGCGGUAGAGAACAUAAAGGCAAAUCCUAUCUUUGCUCCACAUGUGGCUUCUGGGCCAAUCAGAUUUGUGCUUCCGCGCCAACCACCGUUGACCUCCACAUCCACCCUCACCCCUUCACUCUCUUCCGUUCUUUUCGCUAUAGUCAUCAGAAGAUAUGUAUAAUCUGCAAUGAGGAAGUGAAGACAGCAUCUUGGAUUUAUCGUUGCUCGGAGGGAUGCGGGGAUUCUGUUCAUGUAGGUUGCUCGCUGUCGGAGAAGGCUAAGAAUUCCAAUUCCAACAAGGAUAUCCAACCAAACCUUCAUUCGGAAUCAACAAGCUAUAAAACUGAGAUACCCUCCAGUUGGCCAGUGCCAGAUGAAUCUACCAAAUUAAUGACCCAGUUGAUCAAGAAGCUCAGCUUACAAGGCACGCAUGAAAGAGCCACCAAAAUCCUUCGAUGCAAAAAUGACCAUCAGUUGAUUUUUGUCAAUAAAAAAAUUGACGAAUCGAAGGAUGACCAACUAUGUGACGGCUGUGCACAGACCAUCUCAUCUCAAUUCUACCAUUGUGUUCAAUGCAACUUUUCUCUUCACGGGUGGUGUGCUGAGUUACCUAACCAAUUGAACCACAGAUUUCACCAACAACACCCACUUCGCCUGCGUACACAACAACAAGAACCCAUUUGCUCACAUGCUUCUACCUUGAUCUCAAAUGUGCACACUGACAAGCUUGGGCACACACGAACGGUUGUGGACACCCUUUGUAGUAGUUGUUAUAUGCUCACUGACGGAUUUGUCUACGGCUGCUUCACUUGUGACUUCUACCUUGAUCUCAAAUGUGCUUCACUUCCACGAUCAAUCAAACAUCGAGUUCAUGAUCACAAUCUUGCCUUGAGAAGGGAAACGAACAAAGGUCCCUGCAAUGCAUGUGGAGUAAAUUACUUUAGAUACUUUACUUUUUUUCGAUGUGAAGCUUGCAAUUUCGGGUUGUGCAUCAAAUGCGCUCUUCUUCCAUCUUCAAUCAGGCAUAGAUAUGACAAGCACCCAUUUGCUCUUACCUGUUCUCCCAUCAAAGACCAGCCCAAUGAGUAUCAUUGCGAAAUCUGCGAGAAGGACAUUAACUCAAUGUAUUGGUUCUAUCACUGCAUCAAAUGCGAUCAAUCCUUACAUCCGGAAUGCAUAUAUCCGAUUGAACGAUAUAUGAUUAUGAAGUUUGGGGCGCGAUUCGAAGUAAAUUUUCACUCCCACCUUCUUAGUUUUGUUCGCGGCCCCAAGGCGGGGGUCUUAGCCCCUUGCCAUGGUUGUGGCCGUCAUUUCGAAGCAUUAGACUACAUGGCCUAUGAAUGUGAGCAAUGUGAUUUUUGGAUGCACCGUUUAUGUUUUUAUUCCUUUCAAAAAAUAAAGCUCACCACUUCAAUGACUCCACCAAACUAAGGAUUUUCUUAGUUUGUGGUUGGUUGUUUAGAAGUUGGAGACUCUUCUUCCUUUGGAACAUAUUUUGUCCUCCGGUUGCCUAAGGAUCAUAUAGUAAUUGUCCUUUAAUUAGUUAGGCACCUUUGGUACAUGAUUCUCUCCAUAUAUCUUUCUAUUUGGUUUAUGAUUGAUGUCAUUUAAGACUA